AUGAAUUCAUCUAAGACAUAAGCAGUAACUGGAGUCAUUGAGCCUCUCUACUUAGACUGCACAGUUCCUUGGCCUAUAUGCUUUUAUGCUGACUCGAUUGUACAAUGCCAAACAGGAAUCAAUCAAUUCAAUGAAAAGAAGAUAAUUGACCUUAGCAUUGGAGACAUCGUCCGUGCCUACGAUUUCGGUAAAAGAGCUAUUUGUGAGACUGCUGUAACUGGAAUUACCAAGCACCAAAAUGAGAACGGCUUCGUUAGACUCAUAAAGAUGUUCUUCUAAGACAGCGAAGGAAAUGAAAAAGCUUUCUAACUAUCAGGAGGUCACUAUACUUUCUUAAUCAGAGAAAAACAACCAAUCUUUGUUCUAAGUCAAGAUGUUUAAAAUGGUGAUCAAUUAGUGAAUACUACAUCUAAAGGGGAACAUAAGGUUCAAGUAACCAGAGUUGAGAGCACGUUUGUCUCAGUUAAUGAGAUAGUUUCAGUGAAGACAGAGACUAGAACAAUGGUAGUUGAUAAUAUUGUAGCUUCAACCUUGGCUCGCGAGUCUGAAAAUGAGCUCCAAGAUGUUUCUGGUUAUUAUCUUGAUUGA